AUGAGUUCCUAUUUCGUCAACUCCACUUUCCCGGUAACGCUACCGGGAGCGGGCGCCGGCGGGCAGGCGGCGGAGUCGUUCCUGGGUCAGAUCCCGCUCUACUCGUCGGGGUACGCCGCCGACCACCCGCUCCGGCACUACUCGGGCGCAGCGGCGGUCACCGCCGCCGCCGCCGCCGUUGCAUACGGCGCGAGCGGCGGCGGUGUGCACCAGGAAAAACCGUACUCCGCGUCCUCAUACUACCAGCAGGCGGCGAACGGAGGGUACGGCGGGCACCGAGCGGCGCAAGCGGUCGGCGUCGGGGCCGGAUCCGGUGCUUGCGACUAUGCCGUGGCGGCAGCGGCGGCUGCGGCAGCAGCAGCCACGAGUUUUUACCGGGACAAGGAGCACGCGUGCAGCCUGGAGGAGCACCAGCUCGCGCUGAGCCAGGAGAGCAUGCACCGUAAAGCGGAGUGCGCGGGGCUGAGUGGGAAAGGGAUGUUCGGCGAAACGAUGGACGACAAGCUACAGUCGUCGGCCCCCAUUUAUCCGUGGAUGCAGCGGAUGAACUCGUGCAACGGUGAGUGGACCUUCGGCAGCCCCGGGAGGCGCGGGCGGCAGACGUACACGCGCUACCAGACGCUCGAGCUGGAGAAGGAGUUCCACUUCAAUCGGUACCUCACGCGGCGGCGGCGGAUCGAGAUCGCGCACGCGCUCUGCCUCACUGAGCGGCAGAUCAAGAUCUGGUUCCAGAACCGGCGGAUGAAGUGGAAGAAGGAGAACAAGCUGAUCAACUCCUCCUCGUCCUCGUCCUCGUCCUCCUCCUCGUCCACGGUGAACGGCGCGGAGGAGGAGGAGAAACAGGCGGAGUGA